UUCUUUAUCCCUCUCUGAAGUAUACUGUACACCUUUUUGAAAGUUUCGUUGAACCCCGUUUGGAACCACACGCCGGGACAGCGGACAAAUUACAAAGCUCUCCUGCAGCGAGCGGAUCAUGUACCAGGAUUACCCCGGGAACUACGACACGUCGUCCCGCGGCAGCAGCGCUUCUCCAGCUCAAGCAGACUCCUUCACAAGCGGCAGCAGCAGCAGCACCAUCGGCAGCCCGUCGUCUGCCUCCAGCUACCAGAAAUACCGCCUCGACAUGCCAGGGUCCAGCAGUGCCUUCAUCCCCACCAUCAACGCCAUCACCACCAGCCAGGACCUGCAGUGGAUGGUGCAGCCCACAGUCAUCACGUCCAUGUCCAGCCCGUUCUCCCGUUCACAUCCUUACAGCACGCCGGGUGUCAACAGCCUGGCCCAUCAUGGCCAUGGGGCUCUGCACCGACCAGGAGUCAUCCGUUGCAUCGGGGACACCAGGGGACGUCGUAAGAGAGACGAGCAGCUCACACCAGAGGAAGAGGAGAAGAGGAGGGUCCGGCGAGAACGUAACAAGCUGGCGGCGGCCAAGUGCCGCAACAGACGGCGGGAGCUGACAGAGCAACUGCAAGGGGAGACGGAGAAGCUGGAAGAGGAGAAAGCCGGCCUGCAGAAGGAGAUCGAGUGCCUCCAGAAGGAGAAGGACAAGCUGGAGUUCAUGCUGGUGGCCCACAACCCGGUGUGUAAACUGCCCCCCGAGGAGCGCUGUGUCCCACAGACCUCGCCCAUUUCCCAGUCGUGUCGUUCCGGGGAUUCAAGCCUGAAGGCGAUGGUGGUGGUGAAGCAGGAGCCUCUGGAUGAAUACGACGAGAUGAUGCUGGAGAAGGCGCCGAGGUCAGUCAUCAAGCCCAUCAGCCUGGGAGGGGGCAUGACCUCGUACUUCUCGGAGGCCGAGUCCCUCAACACCCCGGUGGUGGUGACAGCCACGCCCGUGGUCACGCCCAACGCCUCCAGCCUCAUCUUCACGUACCCCAGCGUGCUGGACCAGGAGAGCCCCACCUCCCCAUCAGAGUCGUGCUCGAAAGCCCACCGCCGGAGCAGCAGCAGUGGAGACCAGUCUUCAGACUCGUUGAACUCGCCCACCCUCCUGGCGCUCUGAAAUGCCCGCCGAGUGCUCUCCCCACCCCCCCUGCCUCGCACCCUUACACAAUCAACUGGAUCAGGUGGUCUGAUGGCCCACCGCUGAGUGAACUUAAUGGGCUUUGAUUAAAUUAAGAACAAUAUCGAUAUACACACAUAUGAAUAUAUAUAUAUAUGUAUGUAUGUAAGUGAGAGGAGAUGCAACUAAGCGAGAAGAGAAGCACAAGUGUGCCCACCUUGGCUGAUGAGCAUUUCAAGGGCUUUGCUAUUUGCAUUUGAUGGAAGGAUUGUGGCAAGGA